CGCGUGUGGAGCCGUCGUAGCGGAGCGGAGCUGCGAUGCGUCGCGCCAGCCGAGACUACACCAAGUACUUGCGCGGCUCCGAGGAGCUGGGCAGCGGCGCCGCCCACGAGAGCGCCCCGGCGCCGCCGCCGCCCCCGCCGCCCGCGCACCCGCACCCGCCGUCCGCGUCCCGCUCCCUGCUCGCCGCCCUCGUCCUGCUGGGGCUCGGGCAGGUGGUCUGCAGCGUCGCCCUCUUCCUCUACUUCCGAGCGCAGAUGGACCCUACUAGAAUUUCAAAAGAACAUGCACACUGUGUCAGAACACUUUUUGGACCCCAGGAAAGUACAGAUUUGCAUGAUGCCUCCUUUGAAAGUCAAGAAGCGAAGUUAAUGCCAGAAUCCUGUAGAAGUGUGAAACAGGCUCUCCAAAGGGCGGUGCAGAGGGAGGUCCAGCGUGCUAUGGGAAGAAUGCCACCAAGACCAGAAAAAGCUGCAAUGGAGGCAUUAGGACUUGAACUGUACAAGAGGAACAAACCCGAGAAGCAGCCAUUUGCCCAUCUCAUUAUUGAUGAUAAGAAUAUUCCAUCUGGAACUCGCAAAGUGAACCUCACAUCCUGGCAUCAUGACAAAGGCCAGGCAAACUUAUCAAAUAUGACGUUCAACGAUGGAAAACUGAUUGUUAAUCAAGAUGGAUUUUACUAUCUUUAUGCCAAUAUUUGUUUUAGACAUCAUGAAACUUCAGGAAACUUGACUAAAAGAGGGCUUCAGUUGAUGGUUUAUGUGGUAAAGACAAGCCUUAAAAUAAGGCGCUUGGAUGUGUUGAUGAAGGGAGGAAGCACCAAAUACUGGUCAGGAAAUUCAGAAUUUCAUUUUUAUUCUGUAAAUGUAGGGGGAUUUUUUAAAUUAAAAUCCGGAGAAAUGAUAAGUAUCCAGGUAUCAAACCCAUUGCUACUGGAUUCUUCGCAAGAAGCAACUUACUUUGGAGCAUUUAAAGUUAGAGAUUUAGAUUGAAUCUUUUUUAAGUGUGCUGAAAAUUUGAGUUUUUAGUUGCCCAAAAACAACUUGAAGAACUGAAAAUCUUCUGCAGCCCAAUUACAUCUGUAUAAGCCGUAUAAAGACAUGUUUUUGCCCCAUGUAAAUUCCAGCGGGAGUCCUGCAAAUACAUGGAAGGGCAGAAUUACACAGUUCUCCUGAUGCAGUCUUAAAGCAGUUUUACUUCAUUUGUCUCCACUGGCCUCACUAGUCAUUGUGCCUUUUGCAUUGCUGUAGUUGAAAUCAAACCAAUUAAAAUUAUUGAGCUUCUUGUUGCCAAGUUCUGCCCUGGUUACCCUUACUAGCUUUGGUGCAAACGUAGACAGGACAGAACUUGGCUCCCAACUUGUUUUUAGGGCUCCUUUUUGCUUGGGUUGAGUGUUCUGACCCUGAGACAGCAAAGAUGAUGAAAGUGUGAUUAAUCCCAUUGCAUUUGAUGUGGCUUUUCAGAUGCUGAGUUAGGGCUGAUUAUGCUUUGCUGGUUUAGGAUUGGAGAGCUCAGACCACGGCAGAAAUGGCUUGGAGAACACUUAAACAGUCCAACUUAACUGUUACCUGAUUAAUAGGGCCAUUGCAGGAAGAAGGGAGAUCAUCUGGUCUUGCAGUUCUAAAAAGUUAAUUACAGGUCAUGUUGUUAUUGUUGCACAGUUAAUUGCAAAUAUAGAUUGCCAAAAUAUGACGUGCCUUUAAAGUGUUACUUUGUGCCAGAACCUGCAAAUACAUUUUUUAAACAAAAAGUAUGUAUUUUUAUAUUCUGUAAUAUCUAAAGUUAUAUUUCAGGUGUAAUGUUU